AUGGGCACACAAAAUCAAGAUGUUUACCUCCAACUCCGCGAUGCAUUGUAUCUGGAUGAUGCUGUAUCCGGAGAAGCUGCGGGAUUGGCUAUGGGCUUGGUAAUGGUAGGAAGUUUGAAUUCGGCCGCCUUCCAAGAUAUGGUUCAAUACAUUUGUGAUACCCAACAUGACAAGAUUCAACGUGGUCUGCGAACGGGAAUAUCUUUACUGGCAUACGGAAGGCAGGAUGAAGCUGAGUCUUGUAUUGGACAGCUUAUCGACGUAAAAUCUAAUGCCAUGCUGCGCUCAACGGGAGUAGCAAUGUUGUCAAUGGCAUACGUUGGUAGUGGGCGCGCUAAUAUCGUUUCAAGGCUUUUGGAAAAGGUGGCAACUGAUCCAAAUAAUGACGUCAAAAGAUUUUCCGUUAUGGGAAUUGGAUUUUUAUUGAGCAAUAGUCCAGCUAUAUGUAAAGAUUACGUGGGAAUGCUUGUUGAACAUUUCAACAGCCAUGUGCGCUACGGUGCUGCAAUGGCGCUCGGUAUCGCUUGUGCUGGAACUGGAUAUAAGGAAGCCAUAUCCCUGCUCGAACCACUCCUUUCGGCCAAGGAAAACUAUGUGCGUCAAGGAGCUGUCAUAGCAUUGUCAUUUAUUUACGUGCAACAAACUGACAUUAGUUGCCCUAAG